AAGAUUAACGUCGUUAAUCAUCUCUUCUUCUCUCACAAAUCAAUCAUCCUCACAUUACCAUUUCCUCUUCGCCGGGGAAAAUUCUGUUAGUCUCUUUCUCCGGUAGUGCGAAACAAAAUGUCUCCUGCAAUUAAAGCUCCUCUCUUACCAAACCAAGAGCCUUCAUCAUCAUCGGAGAACCAUGGAUCAUUCGCCGGAGCUGUGUUUAACAUAUCGACAAGCAUCGUCGGAGCUGGAAUUAUGGCGAUUCCGGCGGCUUUCAAAGUUCUAGGUGUAAUCCCAUCUCUCUCGAUAAUCGUUAUCAUAGCUUGGCUCUCAAAUGUAUCAGCUGGGUUUUUAAUGAAAUCCAGUCUCGCCGGAGAAUCAACGACUUACGCCGGCGUAAUGAAAGAAUCGUUUGGAAAAUCUGGCUCCGUCGUUGUUACGAUUGUUACAAUGGUUGUGACUUUUGGGUCUAUGAUUAUUUUCUCGAUUAUUAUAGGUGAUGUUCUUUCUGGUAAUGACAAAGAUGGAAUCAUACAUUUAGGUCUUCUUCAAGAAUGGUUUGGUUCUCAUUGGUGGAAUACGAGAUUCUUUGGUUUGUUGUUCAUCUUUGUCUUCCUCUUGCUUCCUUUAGUCUUGUGCAGACGUGUAGAAAGAUUAGCAUUAAGUUCUGCAAUUUCGUUUCUGCUUGCGCUACUCUUUGUUGUUAUAAGCUCGGUGCUAGCGAUUAUUGCACUAGUCCAAGGGAAAACAAAGACUCCGAGACUCUUCCCAGAACUCAACGAUGGUGGAUUAUCGUUUUUCAGUCUCUUCACUGCUUCCCCUGUCAUUGUAACAGCUUUCACCUUUCAUUUCAAUGUCCAUCCAGUAGCAUUUGAACUCAAAGAUCCAUUAGAUGUGCUUUCAGCAACACGGAUCUCUGUGAUUCUGUGUGCUGCGAUCUACUCAGCCACUGGUCUCUUUUGUUACCUUCUGUUUGGGGAUUCCACCAUGACAGAUGUUCUAAUGAACUUUGAUCAAAGCACCAGUUCUUCCAUUGGUUCGUUACUAAAUGACAUUGUUAGACUCAGCUAUGCGAUUCACCUCAUGCUUGUGUUUCCUCUGCUCAACUUCUCGCUUAGAGCCAACCUCGAUGAACUCUUGUUCCCUAUGAAGCUCUCUUUAGUGGAAGACAACAAAAGAUUCUUCGGACUCACUUUUCCAUUACUGAUAUCUUGUUUCUUGGGUGCGAUUGCCAUACCAGACAUUUGGUACUUCUUUCAGUUCUUGGGAUCAACUUCUACAGUCUCUAUAGCAUUCAUCUUUCCAGCUGCAAUUGUUCUAAGGAAUGUAAAUGGUUUCUCGACUUUAAGAGAGAAGAUUGUAGCUUCAGUAAUGCUUGUUCUUGCUGUUGCCACAAGUAUCAUUGCCAUGUCCACAAAUAUAUACACUUUCACAGCAACAGAAGAAACAUGAAAAGCUUUCAGGAGUCCCUUCUCUUCAAGAAUUUGUUAGAUGGUAGAGAGCUUGUGUUGCAUUUAUUCGUAUCUAUAUGUAAAAUAGGUUUGUAAGAAGUGUAGUGUUUAAUAGCAACUUCAGGAAAAAUGUGUGUAUUC